CACAGCAGAUAGAAAAAUUUUCAUCCUAUUGUACUCAAACACAACGCCACCUUGGGUCUUGGGGCCUCACUGGCAUGAAAUUCGUUCACGUGGCACAUGCUUAACCUCUCAUUCCUUCCAAGUUUAAUGCCUUCAUGGAACUGACCCAUUACAUAGCUGCAUCUGGAAGUGGAAGGUACAUAUUGCAGAAUCUCUCCCUCUUUCGCUAACAGGGAAAUACCACUGAAGUAUAUCCACUUUUGCACCAGUCCUGUUGGGCCUCUCUCCCUCUCUCUCCAUGUUUGUUUAUAUAUAAAAGGUCUGUUUCUCUCGUUCUUAACAUUUUCUUCGCUGCUGGACUUCAAAUGUCUUUCAGAACUUUGCUUCAGCCUUGGAUCGGUCUCACCUGCAUUUCCUUGCAUGUAAAAUUGGUGAAAUCUUCUAGGAUUUGCUCUGAUUUCUUAUUGAGUAUGAUUAUGUCUUGCUGACAAUGGGAAUUUUUCGAUGUUUAGUGCUUUAUCUAAUCAAUGGUUGCUAAUACGUAGCUGUUCACGACUUGAUUUGUUGACUUACAGUCAGAAACAACGCAGAUGGGAGCUACUGGAGAUUUUAUCCUUCUAAAGAUGAAUGCUGGAAAUGAGAAAGUGGGGCCGAAGAUAGAUUUGCAACUUGGUAUGAAUUAUUCUAACCAGUGCAUCCUGAAAACUGACUCACGUGCAGGUGCAAAUGCAGUUUCCAAGCUAGACAUGAGAUUUUUUGCCAAUGGCCCCUUAUCUGAACUAGUUUGGUCUCCAGACAAAGGUUUGAGUCUUAAAUGUGCCGAUUCAAGCUUUGCUGAUGAGAAGAAAUCCCUCUUCUGGGAUGUUGGACCAAGCAAUUUUGCUCUUGGUAUGCCAGAAAGCAUUGUUGGUGUGACGUCUACAGCUAAUAGACCAACAGAUGGUGUUUUUUCAAAACCUAUAGCUGCUGUGUGCAUAAAAAGCGAUAUUUCUGGUAAUGAUAUUCUAUCAAAGGAUUUCACAAGUGAUUCAGGUGUCAAGCCUGAGUGUAAAGAAUAUGAAAAACAAGGCAGAGGAUCUAAAAGUGAUAUGGAAGAAAUGAGCUCUACUGAGAGAAAUUUUCAUGAUCAAAUAGAUGCUGGAACUGCUCAGAUAUCUGAAGCAAACAAAGAGAAAGUUUCUACUAUUUCAGGUCAAAUUGUCAAAAUUCAGUUUGACAAUUUAUUGCCACAAGCAGAUGAACGUGAAGCUGGCAUGGAGCAAAAUCCACUAGCAAGAGAUCAGACAAGUGGAGGCGGAGAUAUGGGUGUUAAGAAUCAGGCAUUUGAAACAGAUGACGCUUCAUCUGCCAAGGCUUAUCCUAUAAUUGAAUGUAAAAGUUCUGGUGCUCCUGGAACUAAAUUAACUUCUUCCACCAGAAGUCAUUUUGAAAAACUGGAAUCAACUGCUGAGAAUGAUUUGCAAGCUUUCAACCGUGAAGCUAUCUGUGGUGCAACAAGUAGAGCUCUAGUUUCAAAAUCUAAUGAGAUUGUAGACAAAUCUCAGUAUGAAAAGAAUCUUCCAGUUUUGCUCUCACAAAGUAAUAGGAAAAAUCGCCUGAUUAGCAGGAAACAGAAGGAGAAGGCAUUGUCUGAUGGGGAUGGUAACGUAAAGUUUUCAUCAAAGGAGGAGGAAGAAAGUCGUGAGAGUAUUGAAAGCUGUAACAGUAGUGGGCAGUUCUCCACAGGCAAGAGAUUGAACUUCCAGCAGCAGUUGAUGGUUGAGAGUAAAAGAAUCAAAAGGCAGACACAAGAAGCUUCAGUUUCCAAUUCCCUUGUUAAACAGGAUAGCUCUUUCAUGAACUGGAUAUCUAAUAUCAUGAAAGGAUUCUCACUAUCAAUUCAAGAAGCAAGAAACUGCUUGGCUCAUACUCUUGCAUAUCCAGAUCACGCUGAUCAAUGGCCUGAUCAGAAACUUAUCACAUUCAAUAGAAAUCAAAAUACAGAACCAAAAAAUACUGGCUUUCAAUUUAUUUUUGAGUCCGUGCAUUCUCCAAGCUUGAAGCGUUUAGAAGAGCAUUCCAAAAGUUUUGAUCUAGAAAACAAGGUGCAUGUAAUAGAUGCUACUUUAGUAACCUGUUAUGCAAAGAAUGACACCCUUUACAAACAAGAUUUGAACUUGGAUGAAGUUGAAAGAUCACGGUGGAUAUAUGAAACUGGCUCGUCAUCCCAUCCUAAGAAUGAGGCUAUGAAUUUUGCUAACUUUCAUGAAAGCAGCAAAAGCAAUUCAACGGCGAAUAAAGAUUGUUCAAACUUAGGUCUUAGUAAGGAGAGAGAAGGAAAGACAUCAAGUUCAUCCUUAGCUGGACCAAAAACUAACAAUACCGAAUAUAUUGAUUCCUCUCUGCUGUCUGAGAGAAAGGAAGUAGAUAAUAGCUGUUACAGAAAUGAUACUCUGGGGAGUCAGUGGAUAGCUAGAUUUUUCCCGAGGCCAGUUUCCCCCUUAAAAAUCUCUGAUCACCUCAUAAGGAGUGGUGUGACUCAAGCAGACUCCAGUGAUUGUUCAAGGCUUCCCCAUUCCCAAAAGCACAUUGCUCAGUCAAACAAGUGCAAGAUUGAAGAGAAUCAUGAAGAGCAAUCUGCUGAUGAGGCUAAAGAGUCACAGAACCAUUCCAUCAAUACAGAGGCUUCCAAUGAUAUUAUGGGUGAUAAGGUUGACAAUAGUUCAAUGCAUAUCAACCCAAUGCGGCCUUCCCAAAGAUGCAAAAAUUCAGAGCCAGUGUUUUCUAUGUUUGCAAGGAGAUUGGAUGCCAUCAGAUAUAUCAUAUCAUCAAAUGGAACUGAUAAAGCCAGCAAGGGAGAGCUGAUUUGUUUGUUUUGUGGGACUAAAGGUCAUCAACUUUGCGAUUGCUCAGAGACCUCUGGAACUGAACUUCCAGAUCUCCUAAAGAAAGUGAAGUCACGUGUGGGGUUGGACGGACUGGCCUGUUUCUGCAUUAAAUGCUUUCGGCCUAAUCACUGGGCUAUUUCAUGUCCCACCUCCCUCCCAAGAGGGAAAUGCAAACUGGGAGUCAAUGCUUUGGUGAAUGAUUGUAGCCCCAUUCCAAAACGGUUUACAGAAGGCUAUAGAGAGAUACACAAACUACCUACGGAUGAUGAGGGUGACCAAUUUUUAUCUGGUUGUGCUAAGAACGAUGAACCUGAUCGCAUACCAGAGAAAACUCUCAACUUGAAGCGGAAAUUAAAUGAAGUUAUGACCUCUGAUAAGAUAUGGUCUAAUGUAUCAAUCAAGAAAUACAUUGGUUCUAUGAGACCUCCAUCUUGCUUUGUAGAAAGAAAAAUCUCAGAUGUACCAGAAAAAAUCUUUGAUGCAGUUAAAAAGCUUCGUUUAACCCGCACUGAUAUCCUGAAAUGGAUUAGCUCUCAUAUGUCAUUAUCACACCUUAACGGCUUUUACUUGCGGUUGCGGCUAGGGAAGUGGGAAGGAGGUCUAGGGAGAACUGGAUAUUAUGUGGCCUCUAUAAAUGAGGCACAUAAACAGAAUUCACAGCAGGAUACCAGAACAUCUCUCUGUGUGAACGUAGGGGGGAUCAACUGUAUGGUUGGAAGUCGUUAUAUUUCAAAUCAAGAAUUCCUUGAGGAAGAAAUCAUGGCUUGGUGGAGCACGAGCUCAAAAUCUGGGAUUUAUUCAAGAUUUACUACAGUCAGGAUCCACUUCCACACAGUUAUUCUAAACUCUAAAGAGAGACUUAAUGGAGAGAAACCAGUCCUGGUUGCGCAUGCUGCACUGGAGAAUGAAAGAACGUAAUUCAGAUUAUUUAGAUUGAUUUACUAGGGUAGUUUAGACUAUAGAUUAUAAUUUGAAUCAUUUCUAUCUCAAGCUGAUUUUUUAAAAAACUCAUGAUUAAAAAGUGGUUUUUAUUUUA